CUAUCACUUGUUCCACAACAAAACCAUUGCUCCAAAUGUCUCCAAGUCGUAGGCAUCAUGAUUCGGAUUCAAGUGACAGUGACGACGAAACACUGAUACUUGUUAAUCUGCUCACCCUCAACAUUGAGGCUAGACGCCAACACCGACGACGGUCCGGGUUACCUCGCCGCGUUAUUCGCAGGGAUCAUUUUGCUGGAGAAAACCUUAUCCAGCAUCACUACUUCGGGCCGAACCCGGUGUAUCCAUCGCACGUGUUUCGUAGAAGGUUUCGCAUGAGUAGGCCUCUGUUUCUCCGUAUUUUGCAAGGACUUCAACAGCAGGAUACAUACUUUACACAAAGGGUUGACGCAACAGGCAUGCUAGGACUCGGUCCCCUACAAAAAGUAUGUGCGGCACUUCGCAUACUUGCAUAUGGUUUACCUUCUGAUGCGGUAGACGAGUACAUUCAAAUCGGGGAGUCUACAGCUAGAGAAUGUCUUCAUCAUUUUUGUCGCGCAAUCAUACAAUAUUUUAGUGCCUGGUAUCUACGGACUCCUAAUGAAGCAGACAUAGCACGUAUCAUGCACAGUAGCGAGUCAAGGGGUUUUCCUGGAAUGUUGGGUUCCAUAGAUUGCAUGCAUUGGGAGUGGCGGAACUGUCCUACAGCCUGGCGUGGUCAGUUUUGUGGUCGAAAUGGUAGAGCGUCCAUGAUACUUGAGGCGGUAGCAACUUAUGAUCUAUGGAUUUGGCAUGCUUUUUUUGGCAUGCCAGGUACAAACAAUGACGUUAACGUGCUGCACCGAUCACCAGUCUUUGACCCUUUGACAACUGGUCGAAUGCCACCUGUGAAUUACACAGUAAAUGGGCAUGCUUACAACUUUGGAUAUUACUUAGCUGAUGGUAUUUACCCGAACUGGCCUACUUUUGUGAAAGCUAUCAGACACCCGUAUGAGGAAAAGAAAGUUUAUUUCACACAAAUGCAAGAGAGUUGCCGAAAAGAUAUUGAGCGUGCUUUCGGAGUUCUUCAAGCACGGUGGGCGGUGCUCCGUGGUCCAGCAUAUGGGUGGGAUCGCAACCGUUUAACAGAGAUAAUCACAGCUUGCAUCAUCAUGCACAAUAUGAUUGUGGAAGACGAAGGCCCUUUGGCUGCUAAUACUGAUUUCGGAGAUAACACUUCCGGCAUAGACGCAUCUCAAAUAAUUGGAGAAGGAAGGGCAGAAUGGGUCAUUAACCACUUUGAUAUUCGUCGUCAAGAUAGGUCUUGCUCCCUCCAAAAUGAUCUUGUCGAGCAUUUGUGGGCUCGACGUGGCACCAUGUAAACGUGUCGUUUCAUUAGUACUUUGUUUUAACUUCCAAAUUAGCUAUUGUAAUUCACUGUCUUGUCUUACUACUUUGUUUGAACUUCCAAAUCAGCUAUUGUAAUUCACUGUCUUCUCUUACUUAUGUGUGUUGCAUAAAUAACGAGAAAUUUAUGA